AUGGAAGGGUUCCAUGGGGACUUCUACGACCACCAGUAUUAUUGGCCUCCGUCAGAGAACAAUCAGUUGGGUCAACCUCAACCUUCCGAUGACCAGCAUGGCCAGAUGAUGUCCUUCACGCCCCCCGACCAAAUGCAGGUCGAGAACUUCGCCUAUCAAGCAGAGAGACCGGAAAUGCUGGCCGCCAAUUCGACUUUCAUGUUUCCGCUUCAAACACCCAACUUGCCGUUCCAGUCCACCACUAGCUACCCCGAUGGUCCCGUGUCGAACGUUCUGUUCCCAUAUGAUCCACACUCCGCUAUGCAGUUAGCGUCUGGAAACCCAGUUGCAUACAACACUUCGUUCCCAUCGUCCUUGGCAUUGGAACUGAACCAGAAUCAUAGCCAACCCCUACAACAGCAGCGUUCUGUAUCCCAAUUUGCUUCAUUUCAGUCGCAAGCAAUAAAUUUGGACCAUACUGCACAGUUCGCUACCAUGCAGCCCCAAGGAGCCUUCCCCAGUACGUACUGGGCCCCAUCUCAUCCCACCACUGAAGCCUAUCAUCGCGUUCAGCUGGUAGGACCUGCCAGUAUAGCAUCCCCAGGUGACCUUCAACCCACCGACUCGGACAUGUCUCGUAGGCGACCGCGGGCGCUUCAAUUGUCGGUCCUACCGUCGAGUGCUGCCACCGCCCAUCGGUUUAUUCAGCCGAAAAGGCCGUCACCAGUGAAGGCAUCUUCGUCGUGUUCCAGGUCGGAUAUGAGGAGUCAACCCUCCCAAUAUAAGAGCAUCUGUUCCAGUAGUAGCAUUGAUAUCCCAGACAUUUUGGCUGAAGUAGUCUCACGACCAGAUUCGAAGAUCAAACUUGGUACCGUGGAUUUGUCAUGUGCAUUUGUACUCUGUGACAUCUCCCAAGAUGAUCAACCCAUUGUCUACGUUUCGGAGGCUUUCCAACGGCUCACGGGCUACUCAGAAGGAGAAAUCAUUGGCCGGAACUGUCGCUUUCUACAAGGGCCGGAUGGCAUGGUCCAGCGAGGAAUGCAGCGGACUUUUGUCGACCCGCAUACUGCUUUCCGUCUGCGGUCAACCAUUGAGGACCGAAUGGAGAUUCAAACUAGUAUGAUAAACUACAGGAAAGGUGGUCAACCGUUUGUGAACUUGAUUACAAUGAUACCAGUCAGGUGGAAUUCCGGUGACUAUCGAUUCUACGUUGGGUUCCAAGUCGAUCUUGUCGAGAAACCCAAUGCGGUCACCAGUACAAAUCCAGAUGGUACCUACAUGAUUAACUAUCAACGGACACAACUGCCCAAUUAUGUGGCGCCUCCCCCGGACAUCUUCAUGACCGACCCUGACCUAGCUGUUAUGUUUGGACAUGAAGACGUGUCAACAAUUCUGGACAGGAUCAGCUGUUUAGACCCAAGCUAUAAGCACUACUUGGACCGCGUAUUGAUCGAGAAUACCGAUGAUGUGAUCCAUGUGCUCUCCUUUGAAAGUGAAUUUCUGUAUCUGUCUGCUUCCUGCCGGAACGUUCUGGAGUACGAACCGGCUGAACUAGUGGGCAAGACCUUGUCGACAGUGUGCCAUCCUAGUGAUAUCGGACCUAUCACCCGCGAUCUACGUGCUAGUACCAAUACUGACCCUGUCAGCGUGGUGUACCGGAUCCGAAAGAAGUAUGGCGGGUAUAUAUGGUUCGAGAGUCAUGGGUCGUGGCACAUAGCGGAUCGGAAACGUCGCUUCAUGGUUCUGGUUGGACGAGUCCGUCCAGUGUAUUGCCUCGACGAGCUCGCGAAGGUCCCGCCGGGUGAUUUGGCUGAAAGUGAUCUUUGGGCCAAACUGUCCCCCUCGGGGAUCAUUCUCUUCAUGUCUUCCAGGACGCGGGCAGUCCUGGGCCGCAUGUCGGAUACUCUGGUUGGGAAGAGCAUACAAGAGCUGACCGACGCGCGUGGGGAGGCACAGCGAGCUCUGGGAUUGUCUCGAAACGGCCAGCCGGCCAGUUUCCGGCAUAAGAUUCGUCAUCGAAAGGGCCAUAUGCUCCCGGUGCACACCACGCUGUACCCAGGUGACACCACAGAAGGAUGCAAACCUUCCUUCUUGGCCGCGAAGAUGAGCUUCCCGAAAGCGACAGGCGCAUCCCCAGCGCCGACACCCCUACUCCCGGCACAGUCAGCUCAGGAGGGAGCGAACCAAGCCCCCGCCGGUAAUCACCACGCUUCGCCUCCACACAAAUCUGCCCUCUUUCCCGAGCUGAUGCCGACCCGGGGUACGAGUUGGCAAGUAGAAUUUCGCGACCUGGAAAAGGAGAAUCGGACGCUCUCCGAAGAAUUGCAGCAACUGCUCGCACGCAAGAAGAAGCGGAAGCGAAAGUUGAGCAGUGUGUUGGCGGAGAAGAGCUGCGCCAUGUGCCAGAGCAAGCGCACGCCCGAAUGGCGCCGCGGACCCAGUGGAAAUCGCGACCUUUGCAACAGUUGCGGGCUUCGAUGGGCCAAACAAGUCCGGAAUGCGGCGCAAGCAAAAUCCGCCGAGCGAUUUGGGGGUCGUUGA